UACAGGGUGAGAAUCAUGUCUGUUCGAGAGUCCUUUAAUCCAGAAAGUUACGAACUUGACAAAAGUUUUCGGUUAACCCGAUUCACGGAACUUAAAGGCACCGGCUGUAAAGUGCCUCAGGACAUUUUGCAGAAAUUGCUUGAAUCCUUACAAGAAAACCACUUCCAAGAAGAUGAACAGUUUUUGGGGGCUGUUAUGCCAAGAUUGGGAAUUGGCAUGGAUACGUGUGUUAUUCCUUUGAGGCACGGAGGCUUGUCUUUGGUGCAGACAACAGACUACAUUUAUCCCAUUGUGGACGACCCUUAUAUGAUGGGACGCAUCGCCUGUGCCAAUGUCCUUAGUGAUCUUUACGCCAUGGGAGUUACCGAAUGUGACAAUAUGUUGAUGCUUCUUGGCAUCAGUAAUAAAAUGACAGAUAGGGUAAGUUCCUUAAAUUGUGAUGACAAGAAACAGCCUGCACAACAGAACAUUCCUUAUAAUAGCAGCUCAACAAAUGCCCUUACUCUGGUUAUGUUGAGCUUUUAUGUUUUCACUGAUGAGCUGGUCUAUUUCAUCCAAAUUGGAAGAACAGUGCCAGACAAUGCGGUACCAGGAGAUGUGCUGGUGUUAACCAAACCAUUGGGAACACAAGUAGCUGUAGCUGUCCAUCAGUGGUUAGACAUC